AUGUCUAACCCAACCAAACACGACGCUGUAUUCUUAACCAGGGAAGAAGCUCGUUCAACCUUACGCUUAGAAGACUACUACGAUAUUGAUAAUGAAUUUUCAAAGCCUGGAUUUCGAACUAGAAAUGGCCAGUUCAAUUGGCAUUGCUCUUGUGUCAGUUCAUACAUAUCUAGUCCUUGUGGACACUUCUUUCGAAAUUUUAUGCAGAAUAUUGACAAAGUUUUGAAAAAUGAUGAUGCUUUCGAAAAACAAGGAAAUCGAAAUUUAUUCCUUCAACUUCAUUCUCAACUACUAGGAUGUUUAAAAUCUUAUCCAGUAUAUUAUAAAUCAUUUAUGGAUGAGUAUGCUUCACCAUUAGAUAGUUUAAUAAAUGAUGUAAAAUAA